AUGAGUUCCCCAGCCGCGGAACCCAAAGCGGCCCCAUCCCAGGAAACACAAACACAACAUGCGCGGCCGCCAUCCCCUCCCCAACCUCGAUUGACGGACUUAGAGAAAGAGACGCUGGCUGCAUAUGAAGGGCACGAUGCCGAUAUACCGUCGAAUGAAGGCUACAUCCUCGAUGCACAAGGGGAGUUGAAGCGGAGACAAUCGAUCGUGCUGAGCCAUAAGGCCUCCAGGAAAAGCAUAGAGAGGAAUAGCUCCAACAAUGAUGUCGAGAAAGCGGGAGAGGCGGGUUCGACUGAAGAAGACGAUUCGAAUAUGGUUUGGUGGGACGGCCCUGAUGAUCCUCUGAACCCGACCAACUUUAAGCCGUGGAUCAAGCUCCUGAACAUUUGCUUGGUGUCGGCACUCUGCUUCGUCACGCCGCUGGGAUCUUCGAUGUUUGCGCCUGGUGUGCCGGAGUUGAUGAAGGAGUUUAAGAGUAGUAAUGUUGAGCUGGCUGGUUUCGUGGUCUCGGUUUAUGUGCUUGGGUUCGCCGUUGGCCCGCUCUUUUUCGCUCCGCUGAGCGAGAUUUAUGGUCGAUUGCCCGUGUAUCAUGCUUGCAAUGCUUUGUUCUUUGCUUGCAAUAUUGCGUGUGCCCUUGCGCCGAAUCUGAACUUCUUGGUAGGGUUCAGAUUCCUAGCGGGCGUAUUUGGCAGCGCGCCGUUGACAAAUGGAGGUGGGACGAUUGCAGACCUGGUGACUCAACAGAAGAGAGGAAAAGCAAUGUCUGGAUUUGUUGUGGGGCCUAUUUUCGGACCAAUUAUCGGGCCUGUUGCUGGCGGCUUUUUGAGUCAAGCCAAGGGCUGGAGAUGGACGUUCUGGGUCCUCUGCAUGCUCUCUGGACUUUUUGGACUUCUCAGCUUAGUGUUCAUGAGAGAGACGUAUGCCGUCGUCAUUCUCCAACGCAAGACGAUCCGGCUACAGGUCGAAACUGGAAACAAGGAGCUACGCUCCAAGCUCGAUGUCGGCCUUUCACCUCAAGACUUCUUCCUCCAUUCGAUCAUCCGCCCCAUGAAAAUGCUCGUCAAGUCUCCAAUCGUCCUAUUACUAGCACUCUACGUCGGGGUCAUAUACGGCUACCUGUACCUCCUUUUCACAACCUUCACGCCAGUCUUUGAAGAGGCCUACCACUUCUCAUCUGGAAUUGUCGGCCUCACCUUCCUUGGCCUGGGAUUCGGUUCCAUAUCCGCAGUGGGAUUCUUUGCCUGGUCAACAGACCGUGUCUUCAAGGCGAGGAAAGAAGCCAUGGAAGCAGCUGGUGAAGCGACAGGCGACGGUGCUGUGCUGCAACCCGAAGCUCGUCUCACUUCUCUGCUCCCUGCAUAUUGUCUUAUUCCCAUUGGGCUGUUCAUCUAUGGCUGGACAGCACAAUACAAAGUCCACUGGAUCGUACCCAUCUUGGCCACUGUCCUGAUCGGCAUGGGCAACAUCGCGGUCUUCAUGUGCAUCUCGCUGUACCUGAUUGAUGCCUUUGCGCUCUAUGCUGCGAGUGCCUUGGCUGCGAAUACAGUCGUCAGGAGUAUCAUGGGCGCGGUGCUUCCGCUGUGCGGCCAGAAAAUGUAUGAUACUUUAGGACUUGGCUGGGGCAACAGUCUCUUGGGUUUCAUUGGCUUGGCGUUGCUGCCUGUGCCGUGGGCGAUUUUGAAGUGGGGUGAGUUCUUGAGGAAGAAGUAUGAGAUUAAGAACUUGUGA